AUGUUGACUUUAAACUUAUUUUCUUUUGAACAAGAAGACAACAAUCAAUUCGUCGAAUCAUUUCCUAAAGAUUUUGGAUAUAGUCCAUUCGAUCAGGAAGAAGAUCAAAAUGAACUUAUUCCUGGCGAACAAAAACCUAGAAUCCUUUUGAUGGGAUUACGAAGAAGUGGAAAAUCAUCAAUUCAAAAAGUUGUCUUCCAUAAAAUGACUCCGAAUGAAACAUUAUUUUUAGAAUCGACAAAUAAAAUAAUUAAAGAUGAUAUUUCAAAUUCAUCAUUUGUCAGAUUUGAAAUAUGGGAUUUUCCAGGUCAAAUUGAUUUUUUCGAUUCAACAUUCGAUUCCGAUACAAUAUUCGGAGGAUGUGGCGCUUUAGUUUUCGUUAUCGAUGCUCAAGAUGACUAUGUUGAAGCAUUAAAUAGAUUACAUUUAACUGUAACAAAAGCUUAUAAAGUAAAUACGAAUAUAAUGUUUGAAGUAUUCAUUCACAAAGUUGACGGACUAUCGGAUGAUUAUAAAAUGGAAGCACAAAGAGAUAUCAGUCAAAGAGCUAAUGAUGAUUUAAAUGAUGCAGGCUAUGAUAACAUUCAUUUAAGAUGUCACCUUACGAGUAUCUAUGAUCAUUCAAUAUUUGAAGCUUUUAGUAAAGUUGUACAGAGGCUUGUUUCACAAUUGCCAACAUUAGAAAAUUUAUUAAAUAUUUUUAUAUCUAAUUCAGCAAUUGAGAAAGCUUUUCUUUUUGACGUUGUAUCAAAGAUUUACAUAGCAACGGAUUCUGCACCUGUUGACAUGCAAUCCUACGAACUUUGCUGCGACAUGAUAGACGUCGUUUUAGAUUUAUCUUGUAUUUAUGGUUUAUCCGUCACGGGUCCGGAUAAACCCAAAGAAGGAAUUGAAACAUCAGCAUUCGACAAAGCCAGUUCUAGCCUAAUUAAAUUAAAUAAUGGCAACAUAUUAUACCUUAGAGAAGUUAAUAAAUUUUUAGCACUUGUUUGCAUUCUUAGGGAAGAUAAUUUCGACAGGCAGGGUGUUAUAGACUAUAAUUUUUUAUGCUUUAGAGAAGCUAUACAAAAAGUUUUCGAUUUAAGAUUAGCAGAAGGUUCAUCUAAAGAAAUAACAAAUAUAAAUUCUUCGAAUGAUGCUUUGCAGAUGAAAAAUUCAGGAUCGUUUACAUCACAUCCUGUUAUAUAA